ACGUGCACGUGCAAGCUGCCCGCAAUACGUCAUGGCGACCAGACGCCUUUUCGGGGCUACCCAAACGUGGGCCGGCUGGGGGGCCCGGGAGCUCCUAAACCCCGCCACUUCCGGAAGACUCCUGGCCCGGGAUUAUGCCAAGAAACCAGUUAUGAAGGGGGCCAAAUCAGGAAAAGGUGCAGUGGCCAGCGAGGCCCUCAAGGACCCCGACGUAUGCACAGAUCCUGUCCGGCUCACCACAUAUGCCAUGGGCGUCAACAUCUACAAGGAAGGGCAGGAUGUACCCCUGAAACCGGAUGCUGAGUACCCUGAAUGGCUGUUCGAGAUGAACUUGGGUCCCCCAAAGACCCUGGAGGAGCUGGACCCGGAGAGCCGGGAGUACUGGCGGCUGCUGCGGAAACAGAACAUCUGGCGCCAUAACCGGCUGAGCAAGAACAAGAAGUUGUAGCGUGGUGGGCCCGGCACCCCGACCCCUGCGCCGGGGCCUUGCCGUUUUCCCAGAGGACGUGGACUUUUGUGAGACAAGAGGCGGCUCCCCAGCCUGGGUUUCCAUGUGACCCCACAGUGGGGCUGGACCAGGGCCCUGGAGGCCAAUAAAGACCUUUCUGGGUAGACCCU